CCUUCAAAACACCAAUACCUAGUAACCAAUAAACUCAACAAGUAAACAAACUAUAUAGUCAAAAAACAUGUUUAGCGAUAAAAAUGAUAAGCGAUAAGAUUCGGGUUCGUAGCUCAAUUCCAUUUUGUCACUUCUAAAUCUAACGGUGACUUACAAGAAAACCCCGUUUUAUUAAUUAAUUAUAACCUAACAUCUAUGUUUUUAAAUUGAACUUAAAUAAUGUUGAAAAUAUUUCGCCAUUCGGCACUCAAGUUAAUAAUAAUCUUUUUAGCAAUAUGUUGUUUGUAUAUCGUUUAUACCCAAAUGUUUACUGUGGAAGAUGAAGUAUUAAAAAAUGAAAGAGUGGUUCUUAUGGAAAAGGCAAUUUUUGCUGAAGAUAAUAAAUUUGUAUGCAAGCAACCUGUUCUUCCUAUUAAUUCACCCGAAAUGAUGAAAUUCGUUAAAGAGGUUCCAAAAAUUUCUUGUUUAAACACUGAUAAUCCAGACUGGGUUCUUUGUGAGGAUUCCGAAUGUUUCAUCAAAGAUUCUAUUAAGUCUAUGAUGGAUGGGGUUAAGUGUAAAUUUACAGAUUUAAAACGAGUAAGUGAUCACAAUGUUAGAGAUGCGCAUGAAUAUCAUAUUAGUGAAGAUAAAUACACAUUAAGAAAUAGCGAUGUGGUAAAAAUUCAAUGUAAUUCAAAUUCGAAUGAAUGGUCUUCAAUAAAAACAGCUAUUCGUGCGGAUCCAGAAAUUUUACAACGAACUGGAUGGAAUUACACCCCUAAAAACGGGCUAAAAAUGAACGUCUUAAUGUUUGGACUUGAUUCAGUGUCUAGAAACACAUUUAUUAGAAAACUUCCAUUAAGUUAUAAAUAUCUUGUAGAUGUAUUAGGCGCACACGUUUUAGAAGGUUAUAAUAUUGUAGGUGAUGGUACACCACAGGCUUUAACACCUAUUUUAACAGGAUUCACCGAACUGGAAUUGCCUGAUGUUAGGAAACGAUACUUAAAUACACAAUAUGUCGACGUUUAUCCGUUUAUUUGGUACAAUUACAGCAAAAAUGGAUAUGUUACUGCCUUUUUCGAGGAUUUACCUAGUACUGGGACUUACACAUAUCGGUUGAAUGGAUUUAAGAAACAACCAACAGAUCAUUAUAUGAGACCAUAUUACUUAGCAAGUAAUUCAUAUUACUCCAAAUGGAAACGUUUAUGCGAUGGUGAAAUUCCAAGACAUAAAGUUAUGCUGAACCAUAUCAAAAAUUUUUUCUCGGUUUACAAAGAAAAACCGAAAUUUCUAUUCGGUUUUCAUGGCGAACUUUCCCAUGAUGAUUACAAUUUAGUUGGAAUCGCCGAUGAAGAUAUCGUAGACUUUUUCCGCGAUUUAAACGAAAGUGGUGCUUUAAAUAACACAAUUUUAAUCGUUAUGGCAGAUCAUGGUCAUAGAUUUGCGGAUAUUCGAAAUACUUUGCAGGGAAAACUUGAAGAACGAAUGCCGUUUUUUUCAUUUAGAUUCCCACCAUGGUUUAAAACAACGCACAAAGAUCUUUAUGAUACUUUUGUAUCUAAUCUCCAUGUUUUAACAACCCCUUUCGACAUACACUCAACUUUACAUGAUAUUUUAGAGAAAACUAGCCCAAUAAAAGGAAAUUUAUCAAAUCGAUCUUUAUCGUUAUUUAGUAGCAUUUCUGAAACUCGCACUUGCGCUAAUGCUUACAUUGAACCACAUUGGUGUGCUUGUUUAGAUUGGGACGAUUUAAACCCUAAUGAUGAAGUAGUUCCGCUUUUAAUAAAAGCUUUCUUGGAUACUGUAAAUGGUUAUACUAAUGAAAAUAGAGAUAUUUGUGCGGAACUUACCGUUUCAGAUGUAAUGAGUGUUACUAAAUUAAAAGCAAACGAUAAAUUAAUGAAGUUUAAACAAACCAGUGAUCGAGAUGGUUUCGCCCCAAAUUUAUCUGGCUCAACGAAAGUUUUAACAGAAAUGUAUCAAAUAAAAGUAAAAACUACACCCGGUGAUGGAAUUUACGAAGCUAGCAUAACACAUCCCGUUACAACGAACGAUUAUAAUUUGAAAUUAAGUGAUGUUAGUAGGAUUAAUAUGUAUGGAGAUCAAGCUAGGUGUAUUGUGGAUACACAACCAAAUUUAAGAAAAUACUGUUAUUGUUUACAUGAUUAAAAAGACGAAAAUUGUAACAUAAUUAAGAAUGAGGUGUAUGAAGAAUUAAUUUUUAAUUAGUUAAUUGAUUUAAUUCAAAGUGGUUUGUUAUAAAAAGUGAGACCCUGAUUAUUUUUGUUGCAACAAACAAUUUCUUAAAAAUUUGGGUCUUACUAUAAUUUAAAUAAAAAUGUGCCAAAGUCGCUCAAAAUAAACAAGUUACCAUUCCAUAAAUAACCAAUUAUAAUAAUUUAAAAAGGCUGUGAUGAUCUUGUCUUAAGAGAAAUGGGCUCUAUCAAUGACAUCACUCCAUUUAUGGAAUAUUAGAUAACAGAAAAUGUAGUAUUAAUAUUAUUAGUUGAUUAAAGCCACUAUCAAAGUCAGAAAAAAAAGACUGUAAUUAUAUAGAUUCGUUUUUAUGGACCAGUUGUUAAUAAUACUUUUUUUUUGUAAUGUUUUUUUAUAAAUUGUACAAAUUUAAGAUAAAUUUCUACUGGCCAGUACAAAAGAAAUUAAAUUAAAAUUACCUUUUUUAAAUUGAAAAUAUUUUUUACUACAAAGCUAUCAAAUCAGCAGCAAAUUAUAUUUAAUGAUUUCUUUUUAAUUUAUCAAUUUAAAAUUGGUACUAAUCACUUAGCAAAUUAUACUUGAUGUAAAAUUAUUCAAAAAUAAUUACUGUUAAUAUAAGUUGUGCCAAAAAUUAUUUAAAAUUAGAAAUAUUUUUAUUAAACUGUCUAUAUACAAAUAUGUUAGCUACUUAGAUGUAGAGCUACAAACGGUAUUACUAAAUAUACAUUUUUAUUUACAUAAAGCACAAAAUACAUUAGCAGAUUUAAUUCCAUUAUGUUCUGUUUAUGUACUUAAGUUCAACUUUUGAGUACAUAAUCAUGAUUUUGUCAAAUUUAAUUUGUUGUAUUCAAAUCAAUUAAAUGUAUUAUUUCUUUCAUAUUUAUGGUUGAUUUAGUUUUCAUAACCCAAAACAGAGUUUAAUGGCGAUAAUAUUGUAAAAAAAUAUAGCUUUUGAAUAUGACACCAACUGAAGUUAAAUAAAACCCAUCAACAUAUUUUAAA